AUGAACCACUGAAUAGUGUCUGACCAGAUUUGCGAUGCUGCAAAUCAGGAUUAUAUUUAUUACUUUUAGCGUUUUACCACUUUCAAAAUCUCCAUUCAGCAUAACUCUUCUUAUCAUCCCAAAUCUUGCUCUUCCCUAACCAAACACAUGUAGUAAAUCACAAAUUUAAGUUGCCCACAAAACAAAAUCACUAAUUUGAGGAGCAUUUCAUUUCAAUUGAAUAUUAUUAUCUAAUCUUACUGCAAAUCAAUUAAGAAAAAAGAUCAGGAGAAAGGUAUUGCAGCUGUAAUAAUGACUGCUUCCGAAAAUAAGGGUUUUCCAAUACAAGGUGAUUUCAGUGGGUCAUCUAAUCUUGCCCAUGAAAUUAGGGAUGAUAAUCCAAUACGCAUUAAUCAGAUAUUAAUUGGGCAAGGAUUAAAUUUGGGUAUUGUUAAUCAAUAUGGUCAAUUGAUGGGUGAGUAUAGCAGAUUGGAUGAUGAGCUCUGGCUCUCUAAACCUGAAGAUGAGGAGGCUGUAGAAAAGUGUAAUGAAGGGGUUGAAUUGGCGUCUGUGCCAUUUGUAAGUCUCAUUGAUUUUUGUAUGAAAACAUUGUUGGUCAAGGUCAAGCGUCGGAAUAUGUUGAUGAUCCUGUCUGUGAUGUGGGCGUGUCUGUGAAAGAAAAGGCUUCCUCCCUAAAGCAUUAUUCUCAGAAGCACUAUAAGAAUUCGAGCCCAAUUUCAGUCCUUCAAAAGGGGUGGUCAUGCUCUAAUGUCAGCACUACAGUGCGUUCUCACAGAAAACGUCGUCAACCCACAAAGCGCAACUCUUCAGGGGGUUUUCAGUUUCCUGGCACCACUUCAUCUGCUAGAGAGCAUAGUUGGGCAUUCCAAUCAGAAUCAGAGAACUCUGUGGAGUCUUCUCUUUCAGAUGAAACGGAUGAGUAUAUUCCAGCCAAGCAGGUAAGGACUAGGAAAAUUAGUGAAUUAAUUAAUUUCGAUUCGAACCCAGCAGCCAAGAAAUGCAUGCAUUGCGGAACAACAGAGACCCCACAGUGGAGGACGGGUCCCAUGGGGAGAAAGACCGUCUGCAAUGCAUGUGGAGUUCAGUAUAAACAUGGCAGGCUAUAUCCUGACUACCGCCCUUUAAAGAGUCCAACAUUUGAUCCUUCUUUACACUCGAAUUUGCCCAAGAAAGUACAGAUGAUGAGAAUGGGUAAUGUAAGUGAGAGGGUUCCACACCCUACUCCUAAACCCAAGAAGGUUCAGUGGAUAAAAACGGGUAACAAUAUUCCGAUAGGCCAGAACCUUACUUCUGAACUCAAAAAAUUAGAGACGAGGAUGGGUAAGAAUAGUGAGAUGGGUCAGAACCUUACUUCUGAACCUGAAAAUUUCGACGGGAUGUGCUUUGGUAACAAAAAUGAGAGGGACCAGAACCGUGCUCAUAGAGCCAAGAAAUUUGAGAGAAGAGAGAAAGCUAGCGAUUUGAUUCAAUUAGAUUGUAGAGAGAACCAAAACUUUGAUUCUGAAGUUAUCCUAAAACCAAAAACAAUGGAAGUGGUCAAGAAGUGUCUACAUUGUGAAUCCACGAAGACCCCACAAUGGAGAGAAGGGCCCAUGGGACGUUAUACGCUCUGCAAUGCAUGUGGCGUCCAAUACAGAGCCGGUAGGCUAUAUCCCGAGUACCGUCCUCUCAAAAGUCCAACGUAUGAUCCUUGUUUGCACUCCCAUUUACCCAAGAAAGUCCUGCAGAUGAGAAUGAACAAUGCUGAGAAUAAUGCAACUUCUGGCAACCGAGAGGAGCAAGCAUGAGUCAUUGCAUGAAACAACUUUGACCUCUCCUAGUUCCCGAUAAUCUUUCUUUUCCUGUACAACUUUACGAAGGAUGGGAAUGAUUGUUAGCUGCUACAAUUAGUCAAGUUUACCUGAUGAGCAGGGUAAUCAUGAGGUCAGAGAUAGGAGUAAAGGUUGAAUGUAUAAUUAACUACAGAAUUUUUUUUUUGAUAUACAUAGCUGAGGUCCCUGUUUAGAGGAACUACGAUUAAGUUCAUUUUUUUUUGUAGCAAUAUGAAUCAGUUAGUUCUAUAGCAAUAUCGCGAAUGGAGUUAUGAGUAUGCUUAGUGACGUGCUUUAGCUAUCCUGCUCUGCUCAUUAUCCUGGCUACAUAUGUUCUGCUUGGCAUGAGAUACAGAUAUUAUUCUUUCA